UAAAGUUCAGACACUUCUAAAAAUCAAACCAAAGAUCUUCAGAUUUAGAGAGAAACAAAAACAAAUUAUGGAAGCUGAGAGAAUGUCAGGCUUUUGUAUUACAAAAGCCAGAAAUGUUGGUAAUAAUUGCACUGGAACUAAGUGCGGUCGUUGGAACCCUACUUCUGAACAAGUUAAAGUUCUGACAGAUUUGUUCCGGUCAGGUCUCCGAACUCCGACCACCGAUCAGAUUCAGAAAAUCUCCACUCAGCUCAGUUUUUACGGCAAGAUUGAGAGUAAGAACGUUUUUUAUUGGUUUCAGAAUCAUAAAGCUCGAGAAAGACAGAAACGUCGGAGAGUUUCUGUUCAUGAUAGCCUUUCAUCUUCUACUAGAUAUUUUGCUGAAAUAAAUCAGGUAACUGAUCAAGAACGAGUGAUUGAAACCCUUCAAUUAUUCCCAUUAAACACAUUUAAUGAAGCCGAUUCGGAGAAGCUUAGAUACCAAGUUAACGAUUGCAAAGAAGCCACGUCAUUUGCAUACACAUUUGGUACAGAAAUGGAUCAUCACCCACCGUUGGAUCUACGAUUAAGCUUUCUGUAAAAGUUUUUUUUCUUGAAGAAUAUUAACAUUUAGGGUUUUAGCUAGCUAGUAUUUGCAUGAAGGGUUAGAAAUUCUUGAUUAGUUCAAAAAUGGUGUAAUAGUUUAUUUGUUUGUUUGAUUUAAGAAAUUAAAAUUUAGAUUUGCUUUAA